AUGCUUUCUUUCGUCACCAACAUUUUCAAGAAGAAACCAAAAUCAACCGAAACUUCAAACAAUGGAUCGGGUGGUCUUCAAGGUGAAUCCAAAUCAUUUGGUGCUAUUGGAAUUAUUCCUAGUAUGAGUAUUCCUCACAUUGAUGCCUCCCAUCAAAGUCAAGAUACCAAGUUUCGUAAAGAUCAGGCUACUUUCUAUACUGCUAAAUUUAAAGAAAUGAUAAAAGCUAGAAUAGCCUAUCGUAACGAUAAAUCCGAACCAACAUCCUUCUCUCUGUUGGAAGCUUCCCAAGCUGUUUUGUUUAGUUUUGGUGAAACUAGUUCGAUGAGAGGCCUUGGUGAUAAUUGGAUCGCAAUUUCUGAUGCUGAGAAUCCUGCAUAUAUUCGAUCACCAUUCAAGAUUAGUUCAGUCGUUAUGGGCUAUACAGAAGCUAUUGCAAUUACUGAAGAUGGAUUUGCAUUGGGUUGUGGUUCUAAUUCUAAUGGUCAGGUCGGAGUUGAUAGAUCAGAAA